AUGGCGAGAUGUUCAAUUUCCUUCUUCUAUCUCGUUUUGGUGAUAUUAUUUUAUUCAAGCAACUACCAAUGGCAAAGUAUUGAAGCCCAAAGUAAUAGCAAUUCUGCUGCAGCUUUCCCUUGGUGGUGGUGGUCAUUAUAUGUAACUUUCAAUAAUAAUCCUUGUCGAUCUAAUGCAGCUCGUCGAUCUUGUGAUACCUGUAUUAAAAGAAACCCAACAUGUUAUUGGUGUGCCUAUGAUAAUACAUGUCGUACUUUACCUAGAGGAAGAUCUAUUCCAUACCCUGGUGAUUGUGCUAAUGAUUCAUGGCAUCGUACCCAAUGUAUUAUUUCCGGCAAUCUCUUGUUGAUUAUUUUGCCUUGUGCCAUAGCUGCAGUUGUAAUCUUUGUGGCUUGCAUUUUAUAUUGUUGCUGUUGCCGCUACUAUAAGAAAGACAAAGUACAAAAACAUGUUCGUGAGCAUCAGAAAGAACAGGAUCAACAUGUACAAGAAUUAAUGGAAGAACAGGUAGGACGCGAGCAAUUGCGUGAAGACGUUCGCCGAAAGUAUGGCAUAACUAAGAUUAGCAUUAAUCAGAACCGAUCAAAUUUUUCCCGAAAUAAUGGCAAUAGAUGGGUGCCAGGCCGUGCAAACCUAGAGCGAUCGCAUCAUAUGAAAACGAAAUUAGCAAAUUACUCGCGACUUAAAAAUUUGGAUGACAAAGAUCAGAGUAUGGUUUAG